AUCAUUUUUCGCCAGUAAGAAGAGAAAGAUCGGGAUCCAAACAUGGCUGGAACUAAAGAACCUGUCCGGGGUUGGACCGGUGAGAUGUCGUUCCUCCUCGCCGAGGCUCCUGCGCAUGUUGCCAAAACUUGCUACGAGUACGAUAACACCAUCACGAGCUUUUUCUUUACCAAGAAGUGUAUUGAGCAGACCAAGAAUUUCAAACUCCGAUCAAAUGACGUGUUCAUUAUCACUUAUCCAAAGACAGGAACCACGUGGGCUCAGCAGAUCAUGAUGCUGGUGCAAGUUGAAGCAGAUCUGUCCUUCUUCGAAGGGAAGCAUAUCUCCAAGUUGGUUCCAUUCUUGGAAUGUCCUGAUGUACCGGAUGCUGGGGCGUACAAGACGGUGGCAGAGAUAAACACCGCACCAACAUGUGUUGAAGCUGCAGACGCAAUGCCAACUGAUACACCCAGAAUACUGAAAACACACGUGGUCCAAAGAUGGCUUCCUGUGGGACUCAAAGAUGACCCCCAGGCCAAGGUUGUGUACGUGGCUAGGAACCCGAAGGAUACGGCUGUUUCUUACUACCACUUCUGCCUGCUGAUCAAAGAUCUUCCAAACUACACGUCGUGGGACGAGUUCUUUGAAGAGUUUCUCGCUAAUAGAGUUCCUGGCGGUUCUUGGUUUGACCACACCCUCGACUGGUGGAAGCUCAGGAAUCAUUCGAAUGUUCUGUUUCUUACCUAUGAAGACAUGAAACAGGACUCGAGGAAAGCCGUGGUUCAGAUCGCCGAGUUCAUGGGAAAAUCUUUACCAGAGGACAUCAUUGACCGUAUCGUCGAUGCGUCAAGUUUCAAAUUCAUGAAGAAGAAUAAAAGCACGAACCCCGAUAUCGCCUACGAGAAAGAAAUGGACACCACAAACAAGAAAACAUUCAUGCGGAAAGGGAUAGUUGGAGAUUGGAAGAAUUACUUCUCAGAAGAUCAGAAUCGUCGAUUUGAUCAACUCUACCAAGAAAAGAUGGCAGGAUCUGGACUCGAAUUAAGAUUUGAAUAAUCACGAUCAGAGAUGGUGAUCCCGGGAAGCUCUCCUUCGAAAACUGUAAAGGAAACGUAAUGGCAAAGGGGGUAUAAUGCUAAACGCGACAGCAUACCUACCUUCUAAAAGGCUCUAUAUAUAGAAGGCAAAAUUCCACCAUUCACGAAUAUCAAAUCAUAUCGCUCUGUUGCGACGCGGCCUCUCAUAACCUACUUUAUCUUUACCCAGUUAUGACAAGAAAUCACGGUUCAUGUAUUCAUACUAUAACCAUGAUCACUUCCUCAUUUCGUUUAAAUCCAUUAUUGCGCUUUGAUUCACACAUAUUUGUCAGGUCAUUAAUCUACAUUUGCCACUCUCCACCCAGGUGCGGGUAAAUGGGUACUCGGUAUGUAGAAAUUCCUUCAAUGCUUUAGCACCUUAUUAUGGCAGAUCAGCUAGAGUCGGGGUAAUUUUUAUGAUACUUUAUAUUAAGCGCAGUAGAGUAUAAAUAGUGGCUGCGCUAUAAGGAUGGAUCUAUUAUUAUUAUUGUAAUUAUGUAGCUGGGAGAAAGAAACAAAUAUGUUUGUCUUUUAUACGGAAUUAUAAUGACAAAUCAACUAAUCUUUAGCUAAAUAUUCGAGUGAACUUUUACUUCUAUUUUUCAUAAUGAUCAGCGUUUUGUUUCCAAAGCUUUAUA